CCCUUUUGACCCUUUGGAAGAAGAUAUGGAAGAAACAUUUGUACCCUUUGAAGGAAUCAAGAAUGAUCUCCGAGGAAGGUUGAUGUGCUACAAGCAAGAUUGGACGGGUGGAUUCAAAGCAGGUUUAAGGAUUUGGGCUCCCACCACAUACAUAUUCUUUGCUUCAGCAAUACCAGUCAUUUCAUUCGAACAACUAGAGCGAGACACUGACGGUGUUCUAACUGCUGUUCAAACAUUGGCAUCCACUUCGAUAUGUGGCAUCAUACACUCAAUCCUUGGAGGUCAACCUUUGCUGAUUUUAGGAGUGGCAGAACCUACCGUCAUCAUGUACACAUUCAUGUUCAAUUUUGCAAAAGAGAGACCAGAGUUGGGCCGGGAUUUGUUUCUGGCAUGGACUGGAUGGGUAUGUGUCUGGACUGCGGUGUUGCUAUUUCUCCUGGCCAUCUUGGGAGCUUGCUCUAUAAUCAACAGGUUUACCCGUAUUGCAGGAGAGUUAUUUGGCAUGCUUAUUGCAAUGCUCUUCAUGCAGCAAGCUAUCAAAGGACUCGUGGAUGAGUUUCGCAUACCACAACGAGAAAAUCCAAAAUCAAUUCAGUUCUUACCUUCAUGGAGGUUUGCUAACGGGAUGUUUGCUCUAGUUCUUUCGUUUGGCCUUCUCCUCACUGCACUAAGAAGCAGAAAGGCUAGGUCAUGGCGUUAUGGUAGUGGUUGGCUUCGCAGCCUAAUAGCAGACUAUGGUGUGCCACUUAUGGUCCUAGUUUGGACAGGUGUGUCCUACCUGCCUUCUGGAAGUGUUCCACAAGGUAUUCCAAGGCGCCUUUUCAGCCCGAAUCCAUGGUCACCGGGUGCAUAUGAGAAUUGGACUGUGGUCAAGGAUAUGGUUCAUGUUCCUGUUGUCUACAUAAUUGGAGCAUUUAUCCCAGCCACCAUGAUUGCUGUGCUUUAUUACUUUGACCACAGUGUAGCAUCACAGCUUUCCCAGCAGAAGGAGUUCAAUUUGAGGAAGCCAUCUUCUUACCAUUACGACUUGCUCCUUUUGGGAUUUUUGACCUUAAUGUGUGGCCUUAUUGGAAUUCCUCCAGCAAAUGGAGUCAUACCACAGUCUCCAAUGCACACAAAGAGUCUUGCAACUCUUAAACAUCAGUUGCUUCGGAACAAACUGGUGGUAGCCGCACGAAAAAGUAUGGGAAAGAAUGCUAGUUUAGGACAGUUAUAUGGAAACAUGGUAGAAGCCUACCAUCAAAUGCAGACGCCUCUUAUUUACCAGGAUCCCUCUGCUCGAGCACAAGGACUAAAAGAACUUAAAGAAUCAACUAUUCAAGCAGCUACUAGUAUGGGAAGCAUGGAUGCCCCGGUAGAUGAGACUAUAUUUGACGUUGAGAAAGAAAUAGACGAUUUGCUGCCUGUGGAGGUUAAGGAACAGCGGCUGAGUAACUUGUUUCAAGCAAUAAUGGUGGGAGGAUGCGUUGCAGCCAUGCCUGUCCUCAAGAAAAUACCAACCUCAGUCCUUUGGGGCUAUUUUGCCUUCAUGGCCAUUGAAAGUUUGCCAGGAAACCAAUUCUGGGAAAGGAUCUUAUUGCUCUUCACUGCUCCAAGCAGAAGAUACAAGGUUCUUGAGGAUUACCAUGCUACUUUUGUAGAAACAGUUCCUUUCAAGACAAUAGCAACAUUCACCAUUUUCCAAACCAUCUACCUUCUUGUAUGUUUUGGACUAACAUGGGUUCCUAUCGCGGGGGUCAUGUUCCCUAUGAUGAUCAUGCUCUUAGUUCCGGUAAGACAGUACUUUCUCCCCAAAUUUUUCAAGGGGGCACACCUUCAAGACUUGGAUGCAGCAGCGUAUGAAGAGCAAACAGCUUUGCCAUUCAACCUUGCAACACAAUCAGAGUUUGGAGGUGGUGCUUCUCAUGUUGGAGAAGGUGAGAUCCUAGAUGAAGUUAUCACAAGAAGCCGUGGCGAGUUUAGGCACACUAGCAGUCCAAAGAUCACAAGCUCCACCCCAACACCAAGAACUGAUCCUAAAAGCCAUCUAAGCCCACGUCUCUCAUUUAGUUCACGAGUGGGUGAGCUCAAAACUGAGCAAAGUCCUCGAUCUGGUGCAAGGGGUCCCCUCAGUCCAAAAGCUGGUGAAGUGAGACUAUCAAAUCUGGGAAGAACACCUCUUAAUCCAGAUUCAAAACAGCAGGACCACAACUAAGUAUUAAUCAUAGAAGAUUUCAGUCGUAUGUCUUAGAAGGACUAUUUAGGAGGCUUAUUUCUUGCUACUUUUCCAUUCUAGUUUGUUCUUUAAUUUUUCUUGUCAUGGUUGUAACUUGUAAAGUCCUUUUCCUUGUCCCGUAUACGACAGAUAUGAGAUAUGUAACCAAAGUGUGCCGCUUUCCUAAGUCAAUUGUACCAGUGAAUGUUACUAUAUUUGUGCAAAUGUAUAUCAUCAUCACAAGUUUGCUUCAAUAAAUUGUGACUAGUUUGAGUCUUGUCUUAUUUCA